CCGGCGGUGCAAGAGGCGGGUCCCUCCCAGAGGCGCUUCCUCGGCGGACCUCGAUCGCUCCGGGGCUCCGUUCGCCUCCGAGACCGGCGGCUCCUCUAGCCCGCCGUGCACAAAGCCCGCGAGCUGCUCGCCGAGAGGCGGCGGUGCGCUGGCAGCCCCGCUGCGCCCCGGCUGGCCGUUAGGCGGCAGUCCGGUCCGCGCCCGCCGAGAGAGCCCAGCCCGGGCCGGCCAGGGGCGCAGCGGGCGGUGCUUGGCGGCUGCGGCUCAGGGGGCGGGCGGGCGGGCGGGGCGGCUGCGGGACCGAGCCCCGCGCCAGCCCAGAAGGCCGCGGCGGGGACGGCCGCUCCAGCCAGCCAGCCGGCACCAGCAUGGGCGGCGGGGCCCGGUUGCUGCCGCUCCUCCUGCUGCUGCUGCCGCUGCUGGUCCCGCGGGGCUCGGCGGGGCCGGUGCAGAGCGAGGCGGAGGCCGAGGCCUGGCUGCGCUCCUACGGCUACCUGCCCGCCGCCCCCCGGGAGCCCUCCACGCUACGCGCCGCCCGGAGCCUGGCGGCCGCCCUGGGCGAGAUGCAGGCCUUCUACGGCAUCCCGGUGACCGGCCUGCUGGACCAGGAGACGCGAGCGUGGAUGAAGCGUCCCCGGUGUGGAGUCCCUGACAAAAUUGGGGCUCAGGUCAAAGCUAACAUGCGGCGGAAGAGAUACGCACUGACUGGACGGAGGUGGAACCAGAUGCACCUGACUUUCAGCAUCCAGAACUAUACGGAGAAACUGGGGUUCUUCCAUUCCUACAACGCCAUUCGCCAGGCUAUCCAUGUGUGGGACCAAGUGACCCCGCUGGUCUUCCAAGAGGUCCCCUACAAUGACAUCAGACAGAAGAGGAGAGCAGAGGCAGACAUCAUGGUGCUCUUUGCCUCGGGGUUCCACGGGGACAGCUCCCCCUUUGACGGCACGGGGGGCUUUCUGGCACACGCCUAUUUCCCUGGUCCUGGAAUGGGAGGAGAUGCUCAUUUUGACUUGGCUGAGCCCUGGACGCUGGACAAUAGGGACGUGUUGGGGAACAAUCUCUUCCUGGUGGCCAUCCAUGAGCUGGGCCAUUCCUUAGGCCUGGAGCAUUCCAGCAACCCCAGUGCCAUCAUGGCUCCCUUCUACCAGUGGAUGGACACGGACAACUUCAGGUUGCCAGAAGAUGACCUUCGGGGCAUCCAGCAGCUGUAUGGGACACCAGGACAGCAGCCCACCAAAUCCCUGCCGACUGUGGUACCCCGGAAGCCAGACCAGAAGCCCCCAGACAAGCCAAACCGCCCCCCCCAGCCCGGCCCCCCUGACCAGCUCGAGCCCAACAUCUGCGAUGGCGAUUUUGACACAGUGACUGUUCUGCGUGGAGAGAUGUUUGUCUUCAAGGGCCGCUGGUUCUGGAGGGUCCGGCAUAACCGGGUGCUGGACAACUACCCCAUGCCCAUCGGGUACUUUUGGAGGGGACUUCCUGGGAACAUUGACGCUGCCUACGAGAGGCAAGACGGACGAUUUGCCUUCUUUAAAGGCGGUCAGUACUGGCUCUUCCGAGAGGCAAACCUAGAACCCGGCUACCCGCAGCCCCUGAGCAGCUACGGGCUGGGCCUUCCUCACGACAGAGUGGAUGCUGCCGUGUGGUGGGAGCCCACGGGACACACGUUCUUCUUCCGAGGAGACAGGUACUGGCGCUUUAACGAGGAUGGGAGCUCCGUGGGCCAUGGCUACCCAAGGAAGGUCAGCGUCUGGGCGGGGGUCCCUGCUGCCCCCAGGGGUGCCUUCCUCAGCCCCGAUGCCGCCUACACAUAUUUCUAUAAGGGCAGGUUGUACUGGAAGUUUGACAACGAGCGGCUGAAAACGGAGCCCGGCUACCCCAAGUCCAUCCUGCGGGACUUCAUGGGCUGCCAGGAGGAGGUGGCUGUGGAGCCGGACCCCGGCCAUCGCUGGCCUGACACAGGAAGGCCCCCCUUCAAGCCCCGGCAGGAUAAGGAAACGGAGGAGGACACUGCAGCCCCCCACCCAGGCCCGGAGGAAGAGGAGGAAUCUGUCGUGGAGAAGGAGAGUGGGGGGCGUGGGGGGGAGGGGGCUGGGGACGUGGACAUUGUGGUGCACAUUAAUGAUUACCCACUGACGCUGAGCAUCGUCAUGGCUGUGGUGCUGCUGUUUCUGCUGCUCUGCGUCCUGGGCCUGGUCUACGUCAUUGUGCAGCUGCAGCGGAAGGGCCAGCCCCACAUGCUGCUCUACUGCAAGCGGUCCCUGCAGGAGUGGGUCUGAAGCCGGAGAGCUGCUGUGGGGCAGGGCCAGGAAAAGGCUCCUCUCCUUCUGCACCCUCCUGGUAACACGGCCGUCUGGCUGGGGGGCACCCUGGGGCUUGCAGAGACUCUGACCCGUGGCAGGGGAGGUUCAGGGGCCCACAUGUGGGGCUGCAGCCCAAUGGCGAUGCUGAAGGCUGAGCCACUUCUGGCUGGAGGGAUUGUUGGUCUGGUUGAGCAAGGAGAAGAGAGGCGGCUGGCCAGGCGUAGCUUUUUCCUAAGUUGCUGCUGGAGAUGAAUCCUGUAGCUCUUUCUCUGAGGUCCUCCAUCCACGGGGAUCCAGGGGCAGGCCUCACUGUUUGGGAUCUGUAGAUCUUCUACACGUGUUCCAGAGACAUGUUUGGAUCUGCUGGAGGCAGGGAGAUCCCCUCAUGCCAUUUGCAGCAGCUGGUCUUGGCCUGCAGUGGGUAUCAUCAGUGGCCGGUCGGCCAAAGGUGGAGGGAGGGGCUGACAUCCUGAAAACCUUGAUCUAUUUUUGUACAUUUUUUUUCCCCAGAGCCUCUUUGGUUACAAAGCUAAGCGUGGAGUAUUUCUUUCUACUGUAAUAAUAUUUCUAUUCCUACUGAUAUUUACUUCUGCUUGAACCCCCUAGAGACGGGGCUCAGGCGGAACAGAGGCUUCAGCCAAGGUCUGGUUGGGUGA